CCAGAUGAGGAACCAACAAUUACCAUUUAAAACUCCAUAAAAUACAAAAAGGGAAGGGAUAGUACGUACUUUGCUGAAGAGAUGGCAGCUCCUUUGUUGUUAUCAACAAUCAUUUUGGCUCUAGUGGUGGUAGCAUCCUCUACUCAUGGUACCAUGGCCAAUGGGGUAUUCCAGGUGCGCCGCAAAUUCCAUAUCGUGGACGGUGUGUACAAGGGGAGCGACAUAGGUGCAUUACAAACCCAUGAUGAGAACCGCCAUCGUCGCCGUAACCUUAUGGCUGCAGAGCUCCCACUUGGUGGCUUCAACAUCCCAUACGGCACUGGGCUAUACUACACGGAUAUAGGGAUCGGGACACCCGCCGUGAAGUACUAUGUGCAGUUGGACACCGGUAGUAAGGCAUUUUGGGUUAAUGGCAUCUCCUGCAAGCAAUGCCCUCACGAGAGCGACAUAUUGAGAAAGCUGACAUUUUAUGACCCUAGGAGCUCAGUAAGUUCAAAAGAGGUGAAAUGUGACGAUACAAUAUGCACUUCGCGACCACCAUGCAACAUGACCUUACGUUGUCCGUACAUCACGGGGUACGCUGAUGGUGGCUUAACAAUGGGCAUCCUUUUCACUGAUCUUCUGCACUAUCAUCAACUGUAUGGGAAUGGGCAGACUCAGCCAACCAGCACCAGUGUCACAUUUGGGUGUGGUUUACAACAAUCUGGAAGUUUAAACAAUUCAGCAGUAGCGAUUGAUGGAAUUAUUGGUUUUGGCAAUUCUAAUCAGACUGCGCUAUCACAAUUGGCUGCAGCAGGGAAGACAAAGAAAAUAUUUUCUCAUUGCCUUGAUUCCACAAAUGGAGGUGGAAUUUUCGCUAUAGGAGAAGUGGUGGAGCCAAAAGUAAAAACAACACCUAUAGUAAAGAAUAAUGAGGUAUAUCACCUUGUGAACCUCAAGUCGAUCAAUGUUGCUGGCACAACACUUCAGCUUCCUGCCAAUAUUUUUGGAACGACCAAAACAAAGGGUACAUUCAUUGAUAGCGGUUCAACCUUGGUGUACCUUCCAGAGAUUAUAUAUUCAGAACUAAUACUUGCGGUAUUUGCCAAGCAUCCGGACAUAACCAUGGGUGCUAUGUAUAAUUUUCAAUGUUUUCAUUUUCUUGGAAGUGUUGAUGAUAAAUUUCCAAAGAUAACUUUCCAUUUUGAGAAUGAUCUUACCCUGGACGUGUAUCCAUAUGAUUACCUUCUUGAAUAUGAGGGUAACCAGUAUUGCUUUGGAUUCCAAGAUGCUGGAAUACAUGGAUACAAGGAUAUGAUCAUUUUGGGAGACAUGGUCAUCUCAAAUAAGGUGGUCGUCUAUGACAUGGAAAAGCAAGCCAUUGGCUGGACAGAGCACAACUGUAAGUUUCAACUUGUUCAAAUUUUAUCGAUAAAUUGUUAUAUUCUGUUCUAACACCAGCGGUUGAGGAGGCAUGUGGCGGUAGCGAGGGCCUCAGCCCAAUAGGAAGGAUGCAUGGAGGCUUGUAGAUGGAGGCACAGAAUAAAGUCAUUGGCUAGGAGUAAGGAGUAUGAAUUGGAUGCUGAACUAGCUAUGCCCCUGCAUCUUGGCUGUUCUAGCCAUGGCAAGGAUAGUGUUACGGCUACAAUUUAGGAGGUGAACGAGGUUGCGAAGGUUGUAUAAUUGUCAAACUAGUGGCCAAGGCCCUAGCACUCUAGGAAUCCGAGGCGCCAGGCCAGUGUGAGAAGGGAAAGGAAAGAGAAAAAACUUUGUUUAUCCCUUUGAUUAUCCUCCACAGUCCAUCCCUUUUUGGGGUGGAGUUACAUCCAAAUAAGCCUUUUUGGGGGUGUAUUUAUAUCCUUGGGUGCCCCUUGUCUAAAUAGAACUAGGAAGACAAGUUUGGAUACAAUCCGACUAGUCCUUCUAGUGUCCAAGUAGGACUUUGCUUCUCUUUCCUUAUUCGGAAUACCU